AUGGCCCACCAGGUUGCGAAAGCGCUGCGCUGGCAGCGUUCCUCGGGACACUCCGUAUCCGAACGAGCCGGUGUAAAGCGUCCCGCGCCUGCGGCGGCGGCCGUGGAUCCAUCUUCCGUGUCUCGAUACGCCAUUACCUUCGGUGAGACGGCCGUGCUGCACAUAGGUGGCGAAGAGGUUGGUUCGAGGCGCAGCUCUGGCUUCACGGUGCCUGAGCUCCGCCUGCUGGCCGAAAAGCUGUCAAAAGAGGGCGUCGAGACGGAGAUCGUCGACCUCUCUCAGGCGCUACCCAAGAAGCUGCGCAAGGAUAACGAGGCGGCAACGCUCGUGAUCCGCAACGGGGCUUCCGUGCUCCUCCGAGAUGAGGAUGCAGCUGCGUCCUUGCUUCGCGAACAGGAGGAUCUCAGCUACGACUCCCAGUACUGGGAUGCACGCCGCGGCCGGACUCUCACGAAGAGAGCCCGCCACAACCUGGUCUUCGGUGAGGAGGCGGCAACACCCUCAGAGGAUUUCAAGCAGUACAGCGUCAAAGCUUUCCGAGACCUUCCCCACCUUGCCAAGCUCCGCGCUGCUUUGCCCGAAAGGCUUGGUGAGAAGGCCCUUGGACUCUUUGCGGAAGGGAACCAUUAUUUCGAGACUUCCUCGGGCAUUGGCUUUCAUGGCGACAGCGAGCGGAAGAUCGUGAUCUGCCUGAGCCUGGGUGCGAGUUCCAUGUUGCGUUACUGCUGGAGGAUGCCGGGAUCUUCUGAGAACGUGGGGCAGGUGGACAUCGCAGUUCACCACGGCGAUGUUUAUGUGAUGUCCGAAAAAGCGACCGGAUUUGACUGGCGCUGCCGCUCGAAAGUUCGGGUUGUCCAUGCAGCGGGAGCUGAGAAGUACAUCGGCUCUUAG